GACAAAUCACUGUCAUCUUUUUGGAAGCUGCCUUGGAAGCUGCUGGGUGGUCGCAAUCUCCAGACUCACCACACUCCAUUGACCGCAAGGAUGAAGUGCUUCAUCUUUCUGUUGUACUCCAGCCUUCUCUUCAUUGGCAAUUUCGCACCCUCAGCAGCAUCUCCAGCUGCAGCUCCCGCAGCAGAACCAGGCCGCACAGCAGGCAAGCAAAAAGGAACACCAACAACGGGGCAGAACACAAACCGCGGCCAAAAGCGCCUCGGAGAUGACGAUGGGGCAGGUCCAAGCAAGACACAAAAGCAGGCUCGAGCACCCAGAGCCAAACAGACGCCAAAGGUCUACACAUGCUAUGGCUUGAAGCUUCAGUUCAAGCAGAUAUUUCCCGACAUCAGCGAGGAUGAAUGCGCUACGGAAUGCAAGGAACGUGGAAAGGCAUACCGAAAGUUUCUUCACGAGACCGGUACGAGACGCACCAGCCACAAAAGUUGUCUUGAGACCAGCGUUUGUGUAAGCACAACAAUUGUCUCCGCUGAACAAUCCGCUGAGCUUUCCGCUGUGCUCGCUGCUCAACGACGUUGCACACCGGCACUGUGUUCACCCAACGAACAAAUCCAAAAACAAACAUUUCAAUGUCAAUGUCAAGCGACUCUCGUUGGCCACCGAAUCCACCAUGUUGACCCAGUAAACAUGCACAUGUUCAAGACAUGGGCCAAGGAAGAGCUCCGGAAGCAAUCAAUCAGCAGGGCUUCAAAGAAAAUUCAAUGCCAUUACCUCUUCGUCGCGGCACAAAUGACACAGACAGGCUGGCUUUUGCACAAAGCGGCUUGGGAUCCUUUGGUCGAGUGUAAGAGUGCCUCUCCGGGAACAGUCAAGAAGGAGAAGCUCUGUCCUUGCAUGACAUCAAGCCCCAACAGCAAGUCCGCGAAGUGUACCGCUUCCCUUCGAAGGGAGGUAGUCUUGCAAGUGCCACUUAUUGAGUCGGUCUUUCCCAUUGAUCUCAACAAAGAGCCCCUUGAAGAUUCGGCUGCAUCUGUCACUGGCUCAUCCCAACAGCCAAAUAUCGACCUGGAGUACACACAGACAUUUUCAAAUAAUGAUCUCGACCCAAAUGAAGUGUGCAUCAAUCCAACAACUGCUCAAUUUGGUUAUUGCUCUCCAGGGCCUUAGCUCCUGCUCUGUUGUACUACAAGGACGAAGUCUUGGACCCUACAUAUGGCAACUCCUCACUACAUGCUCUGGCAACUCACCACGCUAGCUUUUGCUCUUCUUCCUUUGUCUCUCAACAACGCUUCUCACGUUCGCUCAACUCGUGUUCUUCUCCGCAUCACUCUCAGCAGCCCUCAUUACAUCAUUUCCGCUCGCACUAUUACUCGUCGUCAUUCACCAUGCUGUCUCUUGUUCCGUCUCUUCUUUAUCUCGCAGACCUGACAUCUUCAAGUCGGCUCCUGCUCUCUCGCCUUUCACUCUCUGUCGGAUUGCCCCUCGAGUCUGAUAAGUAUCAAAGGACAGCCUUCUGCUGUCUUCGUCUUUAGUUUACAACUUAUCGUCUAAC